UGCUGAUUCUCUCUCAUUGAUUUUUGAAGUCUUUUUUGAGUUUUUCUAUUAAUUCUUUCUAGGCAUGUAUCCAUGGAGAGGCUUUUGUGUUUAAAUUUACUUCAGUGAUCUCUUCUAAAGAUGAACACUACUCUUCUCUGUUCCCAUAGUAAAUUUCUAUUGUUGGGCUCUCUCUUUUUUGCGUUGUGUCCAAUUUUUUUUAAUGAAAACUAUUCAUGGAAAAAAAAAAGUGUUGCUCUUACCUGGAACCCCAAACCAAAAGUAUCGCUCUCCCACCCCCAGCAAAUUUCUGCAGCCAACAGUGUUCCUGCUCAUCUGGAGAGCUUGGAAUUUUUUGCCCUACUCUUCCAUCUUCCCAGAACCCUCCCUCUACUACUAUUUUUGUGAAAUAUAGUCUUAUGGAAACAGCCUGAGAGAAGCAAAGAAACUCACUCAGAGUAACACAGUCAGUGAAGUGUCUGAGGCUGGAUUUGAAUUGAGAGGACAUUGAGUCCAGCGUCCAUGGUACUCUAUCCAUGAGGCCAUCCGGCUACAUGGGAAGCUUGGUCCCCCAAAAAGGAUGCCUCCUUUAGAUGACUGUCACUUGGGACAUAUAUGUAUUGGUAUGUAAAAAGGGACAGAGUUUGUAUCCCCAUAAUUUGCAUAGACAGCCUGGAUAGAAGGCAUUUUAUGAAAGAGAUUCUAUCCCGAGUGCUGUUACUUAACCUGCCCUCUUGGGUGAUAUUGGCAAUUCCAGCACAUUCUUGGAGAAGCACUGUUUUCUCUGAGAGAUUAAUCAUCUGGGCAACUGAGCCUGGGCUGAGAAUCUCAGCUCAGUGCCUAAGAGAGCAAAUAUGGGGGUGGACAAGCAACAGUCCAAAUCCAAAUAAAGCACCUCCUUGGCCAGCUUUUUGCGGCCACUUAAAGUUCUGCUUCAUUUUAAGGAUAUUAGCAAAGUGAAGUUAGACUCAUUAAUAUUUGGCUGAGGGGAUUAUGGUUUCCAUUGUCCAAAUCCUGCUUUCUUGGCAUUAUAUUGCUCCUGGGAGAUUGUUGUAGGCCAUAUUGUUCAGCUCCCCUUCCAGACUUGCUUGGGCAGUGAAGAAAAGCCUUGGAGAAGAAUACUCAGCUAGUUACUCACCCAUCUGGGACUUCAGUUCUCCUGUCUCGCACUGGAGGGAUAUGGCUUCUCCUCUUCAGAGUUUUUCCUCCAAGGGGCUGCUGUUUCUAGCAAAUAUGAAUAGGACGAUUUUUGUGUUUCACUCAUGAAAUUAUUCUUAUUCCUAGACUGGUUAAAAGAAGGUGGUAAAAUAAAGAAAGAGAAAAAAAGACAAAAAGACAAAAAACAAGAACAAAACGAUAACCAUCAAAGAAACAGAUUCCACUCAUUCACACAAUUAUUCGAAAGGAAAUCUAGAUCACGAAAAUAUGUCAUCACAGAUGUAAAAAGUGACAAUGAAAUCAACAGAGAUGCAGACCAAGAUUGCCCCAGAUCAUCGCCCGGGCCCAACAGAGGAAGCCCUUCCAUCACAAUGCAGAGCGAGAAAAUUGACCAUGAAAUCAACGGAGAUGCAGACUGGUUAAAAGAAGGUGGUAAAAUAAAGAAAGAGAAAAAAAGACAAAAAGACAAAAAACAAGAACAAAACGAUAACCAUCAAAGAAACAGAUUCCACUCAUUCACACAAUUAUUCGAAAGGAAAUCUAAAUCACGAAAAUAUGUCAUCACAGAUGUAAAAAGGAAUGAAGCUACAGAAAACAUUGCAGCAAGCAAAACGAGAAGAAGCUGUUUUGGUAUAGGAUGUUUUACAAGCUGUUUUAGAAAGCAAGCUAAAUGAAAUUUAUUUUGAAAUUA